AUCCCAGAGGUAAAUAUUGUACAUUUUUACUGUACUAACAUCUCAGAGGUAAAUAUUAUACCCUUAGUAUACCACAUCUCGAGGUACACUUUAUACGUUCCAUUUUCCUAACGUUACAUCUCAGAGGUACGUGUUGUACGUCUGUAUUGUACAUCUUUGGGGUACACAUCUCAGACGUAAAUAUUGUACUUUUUAUUAUACCACAUCUCAGAGGUUCAUAUUGCACUUUCUUACUGUACUACAUCUCAGAGGUACCCAUUGUACUUUUAUUGUACAACAUCUCAGAAGUACUUUAAAUUAUACCACAUCUCACAGGUAUGUACUUUUAAUAUAUUUUCUAUUGCCAAAAAACUACAUAUCCCAGAGUCCCUCUCUGCGUACGACACGCAGUGACGCAAUGACGCAGAGGCGGGGCGUGCGUCCUUACGCUGCCCUGCUUGUAUUUACAACACUUCUUUAUUUAAUUUAUUUCCUCUCCUGCUCUGGGGCCCGACGUGCCGCGCGCUCUCUGAAGUCACCUGUAUGAUGUAAUCAAUGCAGGGGGUUAAACUUGUCUCACGAGACCGUCCGACUCAUCCAGCACAGCACUAAAUCACGCACAACAGACACGGGAAACAAUAGCUGCACUUUAUUCACAAUAUCUGAUCGAUUUUUAUGCGAUGAUCAAUGGGGUCUAGUUCCUGCGGAGGGUUAUAUCCGCGUUUUGAUCUAAACCCUACACUACACUUCAGUUAAAAUAAGGGAAGAGGAGAAGAAGAACACGUUGUAACGCGCGGAGAGAGAGAGAGAGAGAGAGAGAGAGAGAGAGAGAGAGAGAGAGAGAGAGAGAGAGAGAGAGAGAGAGAGAGACACACACACACACUCCAGCGGCACUGCGCCCUUCACUUGAUCGAUAUCGAUCAGUUCGGAGAGAUUCAGACCCACAGUGGGUCCGUUAACAAGACUAGCACCGGGAGCUAGCACUGGAAGCUAAGCGAUGGGACGCGUGUGAAGCAGCCUGCAGCUAACAGCAGCCUGGCGGAGAAAGAAACAAGGAAGCGGACUGCUAGCUGUGCCGAACCGGAGCUAACGUGGCUAACUGUUGGCUAAUAUUAUUUCUAAUGUGCGACCAAGGAGCAUGCGACCGGAUACGAAAAGCUGACUUGUUCGGGGAUGUCGGGCAGUAAGGAGCUGGGCGGGGGGGCAGGCGUGGGUGCGAGGCGAAGGCGGACGCGGUGCCGGCGCUGCCAGGCCUGCAUGAGGACGGAGUGUGGAGAGUGUCACUUCUGUAAGGACAUGAAAAAGUUCGGCGGGCCCGGCCGCAUGAAGCAGUCCUGCCUUCUGAGACAGUGCACGGCGCCGGUGUUGCCGCACACGGCGGUGUGCUUUGCAUGUGGCGAGGCGGGUAAGGAGGACACGGUGGACUCUGAGGAGGAGAAGUUCAGCCUCUCUCUGAUGGAGUGCACCAUCUGUAACGAGAUCAUCCACCCGAGCUGUCUGAAGAUGGGUAAAGCUGAAGGAAUCAUCAUCGACGAGAUCCCGAACUGCUGGGAGUGUCCAAAGUGCCACAAGGAGGGCAAACCAGACCAGGCGGAUGGCUCGGGGAAGCGCAGGCUGGAUAACGGGGAGAUCGGCCGCUGGAAGCUCACCGAUGACCCUCCCCCUAAAAAAAAAGCCCCUCCCUCCUUGGAAGAGGGAGGGGCAGUGGGGGGGGGGCACAAGAGGAAGAAGGAGAAGGAGCUGCCUCAGGACAGCGGGCCCAAGAAGAAGGGGUGACAUGUCAAAUGGAAUCUGUUAAACCUGUCUCAGCUCGUGUCUCACUGUCUCUCUGUCUGUCUCUGUCUUUCUCAGAUGAAGGGUGCCCAUGAAAAACGGCUCAAAAAGAAACCCAAGCAGGAGGCGGAGUCCAACGGUCCCACCUCCUCAGUUGGAGGAGGAGCAGGAGGACUACAGGGCUCUACCAUGGCGUCUCCUCAGCCCGGGGUGGGGAUGGGAGUGGGGGGGGCGACGAGUGCAGACCAGCGCUCCCACCACCGGGAGAAGCUGGAGCGCUUUAAGAGGAUGUGUCUGCUGGAGCGUCGACCAGAGUCCUCCUCCUCUUCCUCCUCCUCCUCCUCCUCCUCCAGCUCCGAGUCCGACUCGGAGUCCGAGUCCGACGAUUCCCUCAGGGGGGAGCAGGCCGGAGGAGGCUCCUCCCCCUCUUCCUCCUCCCCGGCCCAACCUCAUCCCGUUGUUUACGGCGGGCGGACAGAGCGGGAGAGGAGUCGGAGCGAGAAGGAGAGAGAGAGGAAGAGGGAGCGACGCCUGGCCGAACUGAGCUUCAGCGCCAGCGACGAGUCAGAGGGGACGGGGGGGGAGGAGCUGAGGGAGGAGGAGCAGGGGGGAGGGGAGGUGACUCGUCGGAUAGGGGGAGAGGCCGGGUUGCCUCCUCGAGGACGAAAAGGAGGACUAUUGGAAGGACAGCGCAACAAUGGGCAGGAGGCGCGCAACGGGCGGACACGAGGAGGCAUGGGAGGGGGGAGGGAGGGGGGGGAGAAGGAGAACGCUAGCGGCGUUCUGACCAAUCACAGACACAGCGGAGGGGGGGGCAAAGGCUUGGGGAGCCGCGGCAACAAGUUUCGUAAGAACCAGACGUCCAGAAACAGCAGCUCCUCCCUCCCCACUUCGAAUGGGGGAGGGGGUGGGGGAGGCAGCCCGAUGAUGUCAGCGAUGGCAGCGUCCCCCUGCUCGCAGCCGUCCCGCCUCGCCCCGCGCUCCCAGAUGAUGAAGCGCAGCCCACCCGCCGUCCCCUCACCCCCCCGGCCCGUGCAGAUGGAGAGGCAUCUGGUGCGCCCCCCCCCCACAUGCCCCGAGCCCAGCUGCCUGCCACUGGACUCUGGCUCCUCCCACAUUAUGACCCGCGACGUGUGGCUGCGAGUCUUCACUCACCUGAGCCAGCGAGAGCUGUGUGUCUGCAUGAGGGUGUGUCGCACCUGGAGCCGCUGGUGUUGUGAUAAACGGUUGUGGACUCAGAUCGAUCUGAGCCGGCAGCGCUCCAUCACCCCCCCGAUGUUGAGUGGUAUCAUCCGCCGGCAGCCCGUCUCCCUGAACCUGGGUUAUACCAACAUCUCCAAGAAACAGCUCAUGUGGCUCAUCAACCGCCUACCAGGUCUGUUGGAGCUGAAUGUCGCUGGGUGUCCAUGGCCGGCGGUCUCUGCUCUCUGUCAGGCCGUCUGUCCGUGUCUGAAGCUGCUGGACCUGAGCAGAGUGGAGGACCUCAAAGACUCUCACCUGAGAGAGCUGCUGGCCCCCCCACCGGACACCCGGACAGCUCACGGGGAGACCAGAGUGGGGCGCUUCCAGAACGUUGCUGAGCUGCGAUUGGCUGGCUUGGACCUGACGGACGCGUCGUCCCGCCUGUUGGCUCGUUACGUCCCUCACCUGAACAAGUUGGACCUCAGUCAGUGUGGAAACAUCAGUGACCAGACGGUGCACACGCUCACCUCCUCCAUCUCCCCCCUGAGGGACAGCCUCACCCACGUCAACCUGGCAGGUUGUGUGAAGGUGACGGAUCAGUGUGUGUCGUUGCUUCGUCGAUGUUCAUCUCUCCAGGCGGUGGAUCUUCGUUGUUGUUCCUUGUUGUCGUCGGAGACGGGACAGCUGUUGUCGUUCCCUCAUCACGCCUCCACCUCCUCUGCCACCAUCACCGCUGCUGCUUUAUCCUCUUCCUCCCCCUCCUCCUCCUGUCCUCCUGAAGACAGAACGCUGCUAAAGAACAGCUAGAGUCCUCCUCAUAUCAUGUGACACUCCAAUCAUUGGUCCAGACGGCACAAGAGCCCCGCCUCCCACCGUCUUACACUACAGACAGGUGAGGAGGAGGCACCUGUGCAGCAUUUCUCCUGACCUGAGGAGGAACAUAUUCUGGGAAAGUUGUUGGUAAUAGUAAAGCAUAGAAACCCUGAGCGUGUACAUAUUUGUUCUCUGUACAAUUUUGGGUGUGUCUGUACAUAUGUGUAGUUUACUGUAAAUGACCCGUGACCUUUGAAACAUCACUAACACUUCUAUCCUUCAUCCACCCGCCUGUCACACGCACGCAAGAACUUCACCACGAGGACGGUCUGACAUUUGUGUCCGGUUAGGCUGCGGCUUAUUUUCAGUGUUUAUGCUAAGCCAGGCUAACAGUUCCCCUCCACUGUCAGUCUUUUUGCUAAGCUAAGCUACAAUUUCCCUCUGCCUCAUUUCUCUGCGCGCCGUUUCCUUGCUAAGCUAGGCUAAACCCUUCUUAGUGGACUACACAUGUUAAUGGCUCUCAGGAGACCAAACACAUUGCCAAUACAUUUUAUUCAAACAGGACUUUUGAAUCCUUGGAACAAAGCUGGUGAUUGUUUUGAAGACCCACCGUGUCCAAGCUAAAUAAAGCACGAGCGUCUUGAAACGUAGUUUUAAGAUGAACCAGUCAAAAGCAACAGUAUCCACCUCUUCCAGUGUUUGUGCUAAGCUAGGCUAACCCCCACAUCUAUAAAAUGUCAGACUGUUCUCCCUCCUCUUCAUCAUGUGAUCCGGUUAUUUGGGGAAGUUAUUAAUUGUGUUUUCUCAGGAGUUUGUUCUUAAUUUAUUUUUUUUGCCUCCAGUCAAACUCACAUUCCUCCUCUUCAUCUGUCACUUCCUGAUGGAUUUCCGCUUGUCUUCCUCGUGAUGAAGAUGUUCAUAUUAAAUCUGUAGCUAUGGAAGCUCAUUUAUGCCACAAAAAAAUAAUGAAAGUGAAAUCUAAUCUGGUUAUUAUUGCACAAUCUUGAUCAAUUGAUUUAAUUGAAACUCCCAUUUUUACAAUGUAUUAGAUUUUAUUAAUCAAAUUUGGACUAUUCACAUGUUUUUCCUAUUUUUUUUUAUUCCAUCUUGGUGUUUUUGGGGCUCAAUGGGUUUCCAUAGUUUCAAAAAUGAAAAAUACGUUCAUCUGAAAUAAUGGCUGAUUACUGUUUGUGUUUAUGUUGGAACUGGCUGUCAUGUGAUCAGGUAUCGACACUGAGGGGCGUGUUCAUUUUCCCAGACAUGGUGGUUCUUCUACCUGAACUCGUAUCAAGAGAAAAGGAUUGUGGGAACAUGGAGAUGGACCCCGCUGGGGGGUGGGGGGGGGGUUAUAUUCCCUUCAAACAUUUUGUAUUUUCAGUUCGAGCAGCUAAACACACUACAAAUGAUCAGUACAUUUGUACUGGUUAGCAUGUUGGUCACGUGAGCUUCACGUUUGCUAGCUGUUCUGUCACAGCUUUUUUUUUCGGUUUCUUCAAUUCAAUUCAUUUUAUUUUGUAUAGCCCAAAAUCGCAAAUUACAAAUUAGCCUCAGAGGGCUUUACAGUCUGUACACAUACAACAUCAUCUGUCCCGAAACCCACCGUUUCUCUGCUACACUUUUAAAAAUUCUAAAAAACCAACAAGGUAACAGAAUUUAAAUUGAGUUACGAGAACUAGCUGGAACCUCCCCUCCUCCUCACGAGCUAGCUAAUGUUAGCCAGCAAGCUAACUCUGCACUAUUAGUUGAUUCAUUACACAGCAAUAGAGGUAACUAAAUACAAAGUGAUGAGCUUUGUAUUUCCUGUUUUAGCAUCCUUGUAUCAUGUUAGCCAACAGUCUGAACAACUACCUGAACAGAAACACAUCAUUUCAACGGAUUUUGUUUAUUUGGGGUUUCUGGUCAGGAAUUGAAAUAUUUGGCUAAAAAUGUAUUUAUUAAAAGUGCAGAAGAGUUAAAAUGCGUAUAUGGAAUAAAAAGUAUUAGCAGUUGAAUGUUAAAUCGACACAAACGCCGUGUUGUGCCAUAAAAGCCCACCAGAUGUCGAUAGGUCAUAUUUUCUACUUUUUCUAUUCCGUUGUGAUUUACUUGUUUUAUUUUUUUUAUUGUAACUUUGGGUUCAAUGAUUUUAUAGCGCGGAUUGAAACUUUGCCUAGCAACAAGUGACAAGAUCAAAUCUGAUUGGACGACAACGCCCAUGGAGGCUCUCACCAAUCAGGAGCUCUGACCGGUCUCACCUCCUCCUCUGACUCAUCAAUGAUUCAAAGAUUCACCGGAAGAUCUUCAUCACCUUCUUCACCUUUUGCCAAAUGUAGUUUUUGUUGUGAAAGAGGCAAUUUAUGGUGUUUUUAUGUUUUUAAAAAAAAUAUUUUGUCAUGCUUCUGUUGUGUUGAUAAAUUAUGAGGAAGAAGUUUGAACAAAAAGUAAAAGACUCCAGGCAGCUAUGAGAGAUACUACUGUAACGAUGAGUAAUAAAGCAAUGGGUUCCUUUCUA